AUGUCAGACGUGGCCCUCACCAUCGGCCUCAAGCUAGGGCUCUGGGUGGGCGCAAGGGCCCUCCUCCCCUUCCUCUUUGGCCAGGCCCGCCAUGCCUCCCUCGACCAGCCACCGCCGCCGUCGACGGCAUCCUCCCUGCCGCAACCCGCCACAUCCUCUCUCUCCACCUCGUCCUCGCGCCACAGCGUCCAUGACAUGGACCCCUACUCGGACGGCGAUGGCGACAUUUACAACUCGAGCGUCGCCGACUCGUCGUCGACACCCUUUUUGGCCCGGACAACGUCCAAGACGCUCCGAGAUCGGGUGGGAACCCUGCUCCGGUCCCUCCGGCUCACCCGAAACGGCGCAUUCGACCUGCACAAUUGCUCCGCCUUCCUCUUCUCGCUCGCCUUCGAGGAAACGGCCACCCUCUACGUCGCCGUGCUCCUCGAGGCGGCCGGAUUCGACACGUCCGACGGCAGCACGCUCCGCGGCGCCUUUCGCGCCAGCGUCAUGCUCGUCGUACAGCUCGCCAUUGUAUGGAUCCCGCUCGGCAUCUGCCUGCUCUUGACCUACCGCUCCGACAGCUCGACCCCGCUCUCUCGCAGGCUCGUCUACCUCUCGCUGCCCUUCAUCCCCUGGCUCGUCCUCUUCUUCUCGGUGCCCCUCCCCUCGGCGCUCUCGUCGCCCCAGAAGCGGUCCGGCAUCCUCGACUCGCUCGUCGCACGCACCGCCGUCAUUGGCGUCACGCUCAUCGCCGUCCUGUCCGGCUCAGCGGCCAUGGCUGCUACCUGGGAGGCCGUCGAGCAGUGGCGCGGUAAAUCCAUACGCCCUCCGACUCAGUCCGACAUCAACCUGGCCCACGACUCCUACGACCGGGCUCGGUCCGACCUCGAGGCCAAGCGCAACGAGCUGCAGCGACUGGAAAAGGAGGUUGAAGUCGCCCGCGCCGAGGGCAGUGGCGGUGCAGCCAGCCGGUGGAGUCUGAGCGGGCUGUGGAGCGGCGAUGCCCGGUCUCGCGAGAUCAAGACGCUCAAGGCGGAGAUUUUUGGGCUGACUGCCAUCGCAUCGGCGAUGCGCGACGACCUCGACACGAUGGCAGAGCUGUCGAAGCGGGAUCGGCGCUCGCGCACCGUGCCCGGCCGGCUGCUGACGGCCAUCGGCUGGGUGUGGGCGCUGUACUGCGCCUUCCGCAUCGUCCUGUCGCUGCUCAACCUCGUCAUCCUAGGGUACCGGGAUACGGCGCCGCCCGACUUUAUCUCGCUGGCGCUCGCGUCGGUGCUGCGGUGGUUUGAUGUCGACGUCGACGUGGCGGCGUGGACGCGCCAAAUCAGCCUCGUCUUUGUCGGCGUCCUCAUCUGGGCGCGCAUCGGCAGCGUGCUCUCGUACCUUGGCCGCGCCUUCCGAGCGGCGUCGGCAUCCCGCGGCGUCGAAACGUGUUUCCUCGUCCUCUUCCUCAGCGAAGUCAUGACGAUCUACCUGCUCGCCACGCUGAUCCAACUGCGUACCUCGCUACCACCUUCCCUCUCCUCCUCCCCCAUUCCUCCUCCUCCUCCUCCUCCUCCUUCUUCCAUCAUCCCCUCAUCAUCACCAUCAACACGACCGACGAUGACGACGACGGCGACGACACCACCGCCGCUACUGGCGACACUGCCGUCGUUCCAAAUCGUCUUUGGCUCCCUCUUCGACUCUUCCUUCCUCGUCGCCGCCGUCGCCACCGCCGCGUACCUCUACUACCUCGCCUCGACCCGCUCCCAUAUCGGCUCCGGCGGCGUACUCUUCGGUGCUGGAGUUCGGUAG